AAUCCAAAAGCUAUUAAACAAAUUAAGAAAAGGACUUAUAAUGAACUAAAUGAAGAUGAAUCUAUUCAGAACGAAGGUCUAACUGAAGAUACAUGGUUUUCUUAUUACAGGACAUAUCCAAUUUUAGUUCGUUAUCUUCAUCGCAAGAUUAAAUUACAUCAUAAAAAAAAAAUUGCAUUUGAUAAUAAAACUUUGCUAGCAAAUCAAACAGUUGGUGAAGAUUAUCUUCCAGAUAUUACAAAUACACCUAUUACUGAAAAUAAUCUGAUUGUUAUUGAACGAUAUAUUGAUUAUUUUAUGAAAGAUUGGGAAGUUUGCAAAAAUACUAAUGAGUUAGCAUUUGAACAACCCUGGACACAUGAAAAAUCUAAAGCACUUUUAAAAGCCUUGGAUCAAUAUUCUGAUAAUGAAGAUUUGUGCUAUUCAAAAGAAAAAAUUAUGCUUAUUCUUCAUAAACAUUGUAUGUCACCAGAACUAACAGAUAAGGAAUAUCAAGAACUUUAUCUGCAAGAUAAAAAGCAAUUAAUUGUUCAUAAGCAAUUACAAACUAUUUUAAAUAAAAAAGCUGGUAUUCAAUGCCCGAGCAACUGGUCACCUUUUUCAAAAAGGAAAAAAAAGGAUAAUGGUAUAUUAAGGCGUGUUCAUCCUGAAUCAGAUUAUUCGCAAUAUGAUAAAUUAAUUAGUUUCUUACCUGAUAAGCUAUCUUUUCUUCCUGAUUGGGCUUAA